UAAAAAAUAAAUUAUUUAUAUUCACAAAAUAUCGAUAGUAGGUAGUAGAGAUAGAAUUUAAGUUACCCUUUAUAAAUUCUCUAAAAAGGCGCAAAUAAUAAUGGGGAGACACCGCCGCCGAAGACGGCGCCAUUUUUUAGGGGGUAGGCAAAGGUUUUUGAAGGGGGUUUGCAUCCAGUGGAAAUCCUGUCAUGUAGACGCUGUCCACCUCUGACAGGAUUCGUAACGUGUAUCACGUUAUUUUUUUUUUACCAGAUGGCUCAAGAUAUUAAAUUAUUUCCAGUGUAUAUUGGAACUGAUACUGGAAUAAUUAAAGGAAUAAAUCUGAAAGAUAAUAAUGUAGAAAAUAUUGUUGGUCAGAUACACAAUAAAAGUAUAAAUAUUUUAAAAUUAUUUUGGGCCAAUAAGCAAAAAAAUAAAAUUUUAGUUAUUUAUAAAGAUGGAUAUUUAUAUACUUAUGAUGAGCUAUCAAAAAAUAUUAAAAAUAUUGGUAAUCUAAAUCCUCAUAAUAAAGAACUUAUUUCAAUAAACAGGCAUGAGAAAUUUUAUAUUGUUUGUUCAGUGCAUGAUAUAGAAAUAUGGACUAAGGAAUUUGUUAAAAUUGCCAAUAUAACAUUUAAAAAUAUCUCUUGUAUAAGCCAAAGUCACCAACCAAAUAAUCUAUUUGCUAUUGGAGGAAAAGAAAAUGAUUUAAAGAUAUAUAAUAUUAAAUAUCUUACUAUGAAGGAACCCAAUUUAAUUCCUAUUUUUGAAGCAAAAAAUCUUCCAAAUGAUAAUCUUGAUGUUAGAAUUCCGGUAUGGGUCACAGGUAUCGAAUUUAUUACAUCUUUUAAAAUCGCCAUUUGCACUGCUUUUCGUCAAAUACGCAUAUAUGAUUAUAACAGACCGACAUUCGACAAAUCAAAUCGAACAUUAAGAUCUCGACCAUUAAUUUCUAUAGAAAUACCGGGUGCUAAUAGCUUUUCAACAUUAAAAUAUAUGCAUAUUCAUCACAAGCACUUGCUUAUAGGUGGAGAUAAUGAAGGUGGGUUAGCAAUCAUUGAAUUAAAAGAAGAAAGCUUACAUGGUAGAGGUACGCCCAUCAAAAUACCAUCAAAUAACAUUGAUAAAAUAUCUUUAUUAAAAGUGGGAAAAAUGAUUAAUCAUAAAUUUAUUGCCAAUAAAAAAUACGUUCACUAUGCCAAUGGCUCUUUAAGAUUCAUAACUAGUAUUAAAGCCACUCUAAUUAAUGAUGAAAAUGAAAAACAAAUCAAAGAUAAUAAGAAUUUAUUGAUGUUGAGCUUAGACAGAUAUUUAAGAAUAUCUGAUAUAAAUAAUAUUGGCACCCCAAUACAUCAAAUCUUCUUGAAAUCAAUACCAACUUGCAUAUUAAUUCGUUAAAUUACUAUUGUAUUUAAAUUUAAAGAAUAUUAUACAAUUAAAUAUAUAAUUAUUGUUUAUUCUUCCACUUUAUCUUGUUGAAUUUUUGUGUAAUCAAAAUUUUUCUUGUAAAUUUCUAAUUUUCUUUGUCUAUUGAAAUGAUCCACCUAUAAAUAAUUUGCAAACUAAAUAUUUUAACCAUUUUCUAAAACAGCAAUUUAAUUAAUAUAUUGAGGCUUAAUUUCUAAUUAAAAAUAUACAUUUAUUUUAUAGAUAAUAUUGGAUUUUAUUUUAAAAAAUAUUGGGGAGGUGGGUGGAGAUUUACUUAAAAUUAUAUUCAUAAAUUGCAAAUUUGCCAGGGGAUCUUCUCUUCCUCCUUGGCAAUGCCAAGGAUAUUUUUUUAACUAUCCCUCUAUUCUUGGUUAAUAAUUUAUGCCAGUCAUUACAUAGAAAAUGGCUAAACGAUUCAUUAUACUAAAAUGUAAUAAAACCCAUUUUUGAUAUAUUUUAUAUUAAUGGAAUCAUGCAUUGCCCUGGUGCACAAAACCACCUAGCUUAGCUUCAGAAAAAAUCUGGUCCUUUAUGGAUUCCAAUCGCCAAGUUUAUAAAAUGAUUCGUCAAUCAAUGUUUAAAGUGAUUCAGCCACAAUAAUAACUUAACUCAAGGAAUCUGCAACUCAAGGAAAUUUUUUAAUUGGAUGAAUCACAUUUAAAGUUAAACAAGUAUGUCGGAUUAAUGGUUAGAGAUAUGGGUUAGGAUUAAUUAAUGGUUUGAGAGAUAUGGGUUGGGUUAAAAUAUAUUAAAAAUGGAUUUCAAAAAAAUUUAAUCAUUUUUAUUAAUAAUUUGUCAAAUUUGACUGGUCAUGUUAUU